CAAGUAACUGAAGGAUAUAUUAAGGGAGAUAAAACGAAACAUAUUGCCCCAAAACUGUUCUUCACACAUGAUCUGCAAAAGGACGAGGAAAUAAAUAUCCAGCAAAUUCAGUCUUGUGAAAAUCUUGCCGACCUUUUCACCAAAUCACUUCCUUCGAAGAAAUUUGAACAGUUAGUUCACAAAAUCGGAAUGCGACAUCUUCGUGAACUAUGCUGAGAUCAGGGGGAGUAUUAUAUGUACUGCACUCUUUUUCCCUUCGAUCAGGUUUUUAUCCCACCGGGUUUUUCCUGACAAGGUUUUUAACGAGGCAGUAUACCAAAGCAUAUAAUACUAUAUCGUUGUACUCUUUUUCCCUAGUUAUGGUUUUUAUCCCAAAAGGGUUUUACCUAGCAAGGUUUUUAAUAAGGCAACAAAUAUUUUUUUUUAUGUAUAAGUAUGGGAAAAAGGGCAUUCAAGGGGGAGUGUUAGAAGACAAUGUGAAUGCCAAUCAUUGAUUUGAUGUUGCAAUGCACAUAUAAGUCCAACCCUUGUGAACUUAUAUGGCAAUAUAUGAGCAUGAUUGAAUUGUACUCUUAGUAUAGAAGUAUUAGCUAUAUAUAUAGGGUGUCAUAUGAGGCAAUAAUAAUAACAUACUACAAUUUCACUCAUCCUCUUUACUUCUUCUCCUUCACUUUCUCCUUUCACUGAUAAAAGACUUUCUAUCGGUAAACAUUUAACAGAAAGUAAUAUUUUUGACAGUUCCUGCUUUAUUGCUCUUAAAACUUUCCAAAUAAAUAAAAAUCUUAUCUCAAAACACCCAUUUAUUUUCUUCACUCCUCCCUCAUCCCAAUUCCCAAAACCCCUCAUUCAAUCCAAUUUAGGGUUUAUCUCUCUUCCAAUUCCAACAAUGGAGCAACCCCAAUUCCCCAAUUCCUCAACCUCAUCUCCGCCACAACAAUCACCGUCAACCACGAAAGACUCCGCCGCAAACUCCGGCAAAAAACAAAAACUUAAACUCCCAACCCCACAAGAGCUAAUUACCCAUUACGAAUCCCAAGGAAUGAAUUCCAACGAAGCCUCCAUUAAAGUAAUCGAUGAUCUUCAACACAUGCUUUUUAGGGUUGUUACUUCUGGAAGAGGGAAGAAAGAUAAGUUCAUGGCUGAAGCUUCUAGAAAACUUGAUACUGCUAAUACUCGUCUUGCUAUUAUUGAAAUGAAGCUUGAUUCUAAACCUGGUUACCCUGAAAGUGUCGCCAUUGGUGUUGCUUCUGCUGUUGCCUUUCGCGGUGUCGCUGCUGUUUGGCCUCAGCUUCUUUCUGCUGCUUCUAGUCUUUGGAACUCUGUUAGAGGCUCUACUAAUACUUAGGGAGUUGUGUUUUUUUAAUUCUGGGCGGUGACGUAGACGGGAUUUGACAUGAGCGCAGAAGGACUAUACAGGAGGCAUCUAUCGGUUUGCCAGAGAAGGAAGUUGCUGAGUCUUGUCUCCCCUGAACUUCGAACCAAAAUGUCUGGC